UCCUUAGCUCACGUCACCAGCAUUAAGCGUAAACGUGCUUUCGCAAGACAGCUGAAUGGGAGGUGCAUCAAUCGCUCUCCUCCCUCACGUCCUGCUCAACCUAACUAUAUUCCAGUCGCUAGUGGCAAACAAUAGCGCGCUGAUUGGUUAACAGGCAGAUAAUGUGGCAUUGUCGUCAUAAGCCGGUCGUAGUGUUUGGUUGCAAAAACACCGGUUACAAAGGAGUGGGCGCAGCGUGUCCUUGGGAGUAGAACGUCGGAGAGCGAAGUUGAAGGAGCUCUUGCUGCAUAACCAAAUCAAGGUGCAAACAUGGGAGAUGCUGAGAAAGGCAAGAAAGUCUUUGUCCAGAAAUGUUCCCAGUGCCACACUGUAGAAAAAUCAGGCAAGCACAAAACUGGACCCAACCUUCACGGCCUGUUUGGACGCAAGACUGGUCAAGCAGAAGGCUUUUCCUAUACUGAUGCUAACAAAAAUAAGGGAAUUGUUUGGGAUGAGAAUACCCUUCUGGAAUAUCUGGAAAAUCCUAAGAAGUACAUUCCUGGAACAAAGAUGAUCUUUGCUGGCAUUAAGAAGAAGGGCGAGAGACAAGACUUAAUAGCAUAUCUCAAACAAUCAACAUCCUCUUAACCAUAUUACUGCCUUAUUUAUUUCAGGAAUUGCUUGUGAUGAGAUACUGUAAGAUUUUAUAUAUUUUUAUUUGUACUGUCCAUACAUCUUUUUAGAGUGUGUCUCAUCAGCCAGAAAAUGUAAAUCUUGUAAGGGAGAUCAUUGAAAUGAAUUUGGCCAUGUAUGUCUCCAGUGUUUCUGAUGUCAAACUUAACAAAAUAUACUUAUUAAUCAGAACAUAUAAUAAAACUGUCUACGUAAA